CAAAUGAGAAAUCUCUUGUAGAGUUGUAGUACUACAAUAUAAUUCACUGCUCCCACCCUCACAGUCACAGUCUCUCAGUCUCCGUCCCCAUCAAAAUUUUCAAAAUUCUCCCCAACAAUGGCUGUCAAAUCAGCUCUGGUUUUCUCAAUUCUCCUUCUUCUCUUCGUUAGCGUUCUAACAACGUCGUUUGCUUCAGAAACGGUGGAGAAAGGAAAAGGCUCUGAAGUAGAAGAAGAUGAGGAUCUCAGUUUUCUGGAAGAAGACGACGCCGCUUCGUCGUCCCAUCACGAUCCCUAUGCUCAGUACCACAACUACGAGAACUACGACGAUCUCGAAGACAACGAUUCAGGUGCUGCCGAGGACGGCGGUUACGACGCGUACACGCCUCCUGCGGUUGACGAGGCGGACGUCGUGGUGUUAAAGGAGUCCAAUUUCAGUGAUUUUAUAGCGAAGAAUAAGUACGUCAUGGUGGAGUUUUACGCGCCUUGGUGCGGUCAUUGCCAGGCUCUGGCGCCGGAGUACGCAGCCGCGGCAACGGAGCUGAAGAAGGAGGAGGAGAAGGUGGUGCUGGCUAAGGUGGAUGCUACAGAGGAGAGCGAUUUAGGGCAGAAGUAUGAUAUUCAGGGCUUUCCUACAGUUUACUUCUUCGUCGACGGCAUUCACACACUUUACCCCGGUCAACGUACCAAAGAAGCUAUUGUGACUUGGGUGAAGAAGAAGAUUGGCCCUGGUUUAAACAACAUUACAACAGUCGAGGAAGCAGAACAAAUCUUGGCUACUGAGUCAAAGUUGGUUUUGGGAUUUUUGGAUGCCUUUGUGGGUGCAGCCAGUGAAGAAUUAGCUGCAGCUUCAAAACUUGAAGAGGAUGUCAAUUUCUACCAGACUACCAGCUCUGACGUAGCAAAACUUUUCCAAAUUGAUCCCCAAGUCAAGCGCCCAGCUUUGGUGAUCAUCAAGAAAGAGGAUGAAAAAAUAAAUCACUUCAGUGGUCAGUUUACUAAAUCAGCAAUAAGUGAAUUUGUUUACAAGAAUAAGCUUCCCCUGGUCACAAACUUUACUCGGGAUAGUGCCCCACUGAUAUUUGAGAAUCCAAUCAAGAAUCAGUUGUUACUUUUUGCAACUGCAAAUGAUUCAGAGAAGUUCCUACCCACAUUCCAAGAGGCUGCAAAAGCUUUUAAAGGAAAGCUUCUAUGUGUUUACGUAGAAAUGGACAACGAGGAUGUUGGGAAGCCUGUUUCGGACUAUUUUGGUGUGCAAGGAGAUGCACCAAGAGUUCUCGCAUACACAGGAAAUGAGGAUGCCAGGAAAUUUUUAUUGGAAGGUGAUUUGACUCUAAGCAACAUUAAGUUAUUCGGGGAGAAGUUCUUGGAAGACGAUCUUAAGCCUUUCUACAAAUCAGAUCCAGUUCCAGAAAAAAAUGAUGGGGAUGUCAAAAUUGUGGUUGGCAAGAACUUUGAUGAAAUUGUUCUCGACGAGUCCAAAGAUGUUCUUUUAGAGAUAUACGCUCCCUGGUGUGGGCAUUGCCAAACACUCGAGCCUAUCUAUAACAAGCUUGGCAAACAUUUGAGGGGCAUUGACUCGCUUGUUAUUGCCAAGAUGGAUGGGACUACAAAUGAGCACCACAGGGCGAAGGCUGAUGGGUUCCCUACUCUUCUUUUCUUCCCGGCUGGCAAUAAGAGCUUCGAUCCAAUUACAGUUGAUACAGAUCGUACUGUGGUGGCUUUCUACAAGUUCCUAAAGAAGCACGCAACCAAUCCUUUCAAGCUUCAGAAGCCAGCCUUAUCUACCCAACCUAAGGGUUCUGAUGCCACCACAAGUGACGACAGUAGCAGUAAAGAUCUCAAAGAUGAACUUUAAGGUUUCGUACAUGAGUUUGGUUUGCUGAAGAGGAUACAAUAUCAUGGCAAUGUAGAGCAGAAGAUUAGAGAAAGAAGAUGGAAAAGGCACAUGUAAGUCCUUUUAUUAAUGAAGACUAAAAUUUUGUACCUUAUCCUAAUUUUAAAAAUUUUGUCUACAAAUGUUUAUUCUGUACCAUAACAGACGUGAUAAUGUUUCCAAACAUUAUACGAUCUCAUCUGGCUUAGGAUGAGGCGAAAAUCGCAUCCCCGUCACAGCAA